GAGCCAGCGUCAGGCUCUAGCAUUAUGCAGAGGGAAAAAAAGAAAUGAAAAAUAGUACUAAACUCUCAUUAGCCUCUGCACACGAACCAGACCUCCACUCCCGGCUGUGUCCUGUUCUGUUCUGGUCCGGGUGCGGCCGUAGACCGUAGAUUGAGUUCAGAUCAGGUCUGGGUCGACACAUCAUCCAUCAAAAUUCCUAAUUCCUUAUUUGCAUAAUUAAUUUCAGGAGAUUGGAGGUAGGUUAGGUAGGGUAGUGACAUAGCGGUAAACACUUUUUCUUCUUACCUAUCCUCUUUUUCCUUUUUAUUUUUCCCUUCUUUUCUUUCCUGCAGGGGGGAGAAGAGGCGAGAAUGUACUUUCUUGCAUUUGCGUAUUCAUCAUAUAUUAACAAACCCCAUCGCUCAGCUCCGCCCCCCUCGAUUCUGAAGCUGAUUUCUUUGGGUUGUUCUUAGAUGAAUAAUUGAUGAUUGACUUCAACAUGCCGAAAUGGGCUGGGUCUACAAUCUGACCGUCCCUGAUCCCCACAGUCAUGUCACUCGCGUCAUUGCCAUCUGUCUCGUUUUCUCGAUCACGGCUUGUUUGGCGGUCUUCUUGAGGUUGUAUAUUCGCAUUCAUACAAAGAGGUCCGCCUGGUUGGAUGAUUUUGCGGCGCUAUGGAGUGCCCUGUUGGCGAUGACGUAUGCUGGGAUUGCUGUUGCGCAAACAAGAUGGGGUCUAGGUCUAGAUGCGAAAUACUUCCCUGAUCAGAACGUGGUCAUGUUCAGCAAGAUCCAAUACGCCGGUGGCCCCGUCUACACCCUUGCAUUACUCGGAUUCAAAGUCUCCCUGCUGUCAUCGUACCUGCGCAUUGGGGGCUUCGUGCAGGCGUACCGCGUGACGAUCAUCGUGGCUAUUGUGGCGGUGACCUGCAAUCAAUUGGUGUUUACUUUCUUGCUGUUGUUUGCUUGCAAUCCGGUUGCUCGUCAAUGGGAUACAAGUCUCCCUGGAUCAUGCAUAGAUACGGUAGCGUCUUAUUAUGCUCUCGCAGGAACUAGUCUCGGCUUCGACAUAAUCAUAAUCGCCCUGCCCCUCCCCGUCCUCCUCACUCUCCAACUGCGUCUUCGCCAGAAGGUAGCCCUAGUCGGCGUCUUCGCCCUCGGCUUCUUCAUAACAAUAAUCCAAAUAAUCCGGAUCUUCACAAUCAAGAACCUAAAAACCUACACAGACAGCCAACCCAUCGUCAUCUGGUCGGAUGUGGAAAUCAGCUUGGGCGUAAUAAUAACCUGCAUCCCAACCUACGGCCCGUUCUUUCAUGCCUUCGCAUCCACCCUCAGCUCCAGCUACAACAACAACCGCACACAUACCACCAACAACACGUACAAUAACCCGCAUAAUACCUACGCUACGCUGACGUAUUUGACGUCGCCGACGACGACCACGAGUAUGUCGUAUCCGUUGCGAAAGACGCAGACGAGGAAUACCACUGCUAGUUCGAUAGUCACCAAUAACGGGGGUCGGAAGAAAAGUCGUGAUCUGGUGGAUGCGAGUUUAGAUGAGGUUGCUCGGGGCUUGGGCAUGGGUGGAUUGGGACUGGGGCUGGAGAGUGGGAUGUUGUUUGGGACGAGUGCGAGUGAGGAGGGGAGAUCGGUGAGGAGUAGGAGUCGGAGUCGGAGUCGCAGUCGGAGU